AUGAUCAGUGACAUGUCGCAGUCGUCGUCACUGUCACCACAGCCGCCACCACUUCCGCCACCGCCAUCGCCUCCUCCGCCUCAAGCAGUAUAUGCUGCUUCGAACAUUGACAAUAGCGUCAUCAACGUGAAUAUGGUCAAAAAUUUGUCAUCGAUGGUAGUAUGUCCCCUGGUGGAAGUGAAGAGUAAAUUCGACGCUGAAUUUCGGCGGUUUUCAGUGGCGCGCGUUUCUCUGACAUCCGUCGAGUUGUUUCGUAAGCUGGUCGAACAGCUUCACCACUUGAGUGAAAUCCCCUUCACGCUAUGCUACACAGAUCCUCAUGGUGACUUGCUGCCGAUCAACAACGACGAGAAUUUUCGCAAAGCAAUUGACUCAGCUCGACCCAUACUGCGGCUGUUAUUGCAGCGUAAGGGUGAGAGCCUCGAAGAAAGGUACGGCUAUGGUUUAGAUGCGAUCAAGAAAAAGAACCGCAUUAGCCGUUUCCUGGCUGGUGCUACCGGAACCGCAUUGCCCUCCAGGGCAUACGACAUCAGCAUGCCACAGGACUUCCGACAAGUGUCAGCAAUUAUCGACGUCGACGUUGUGCCAGAAUGUCAUCGCCGCGUCCGGCUGUGUAAGCACGGCAGCGAUAAACCUCUCGGUUUCUACAUCCGCGACGGCACCAGCGUUCGCGUAACUCAGCAGGGGUUGCUGAAAUUGCCGGGAAUUUUCAUUAGCCGCUUGGUUCCGGGUGGUCUGGCUGAAAGCACCGGCCUUCUGGCGGUCAACGACGAAGUACUUGAGGUGAACGGUAUCGAAGUGGCCGGAAAAUCCUUAGACCAAGUGACGGACAUG